GCUCCUCCCCCGCGGGCUACCAGGCCUGUGGUCAGCUCGUGCUGCUUCGUUCGUGCCCCGUUCUCGCUGCACUUCCCACGGUCCCUUCUCCGUGUUCUUCAUCAGGCGCACGGCUGUGCAGCUGCGCGCGGUUUUCGGUGGUUUGGUGCUUCCCACGACUCGGCGCAUUCUUCCAAGGCCACCGAGCCUGAGCGCGACGUGGCCUCGGCCCAGAGCUAGUGGACGCGUAGGUGACAGCCGCCCCGGAGGUCGCCAGAGUCGAGGGCGCCAUGGAGGAGCCUCCUGUGCGCGAGGAGGAGGACGGGGAGGACGACGAAGGCGCCCUGGCCAAGAGCCCCCUGCAGCUGACCACCGACGACGUGUACGACAUUUCCUAUGUGGUCGGCCGCGAGCUGAUGGCCCUGGGCAGCGACCCCCGCGUCACCCGGCUGCAAUUCAAGAUCGUGCGUGUGAUGGAGAUGCUGGAAGCACUGGUGAACGAGAGUAGCCUGGUGGCCGAGGAGCUGCGGAUGGAGAGGGACAAUCUCAGGCAGGAGGUGGAGAAGCUGCGGAGAGCUGGUGCGUCUGGAGGCCAGGUGAACUUGGGACCGGACAAAAUGGUAGUGGACCUGACCGACCCCAACCGGCCCCGCUUCACCCUGCAGGAGCUAAGGGACGUGCUACAGGAGCGCAACAAGCUCAAGUCGCAGCUGCUGCUGGUGCAGGAGGAGCUGCAGUGCUACAGGAGUGGCCUGCUUCCACCCAGAGAAGCUCCGAGAGUUGGAAGAGAGAAAGAUGCUGUGGUUACCAUGGGCAACAGUGAGAAGGAAGAGAGGACCAUCAUGAAGAAGCUGAGCUGCCCGGCAUGAUGGAACCUGGAACUCACACAGGGCAGGGACCUGGAGGAGCUGAUACAGAGCACCCUGGAAGGGUGCUUGCUGCUUACUGGUUUGCACCUCAUGGCUUGCUCAGCCUGCUUUCUCAUAAAACCCAGAACCACCAGCCCAGAGAUAGCACCACCCACAGUGGCUGGACCUUCCACGUCAAUCAACUAAUUAAGAAAAUGUCCUAUAGGCUUGCCUUAAUGAGUCAGUUUCUCAAUAGAAUUCCCUUCUCAGAAACGCUAGUAGGUUGUGUCAAGUUGACAGAAAACUUAGCACACAGGGAGUAUGUUUAACCAGCAGAUUCCCUGAGUGUGCCGUCACAAGCCCUGUGUGUACUGUAGAGACCCUGGAGAUUCUGAUUCAGUAGCAGAAUCCUCCAGCUUUCAGAUGUCGAUACCCAUUUCUUCCUCUUGUCUAAUGGCAGUGGCUUGUCCCAAGCUCUGCCUCCUCAGAUCGCCACCCCGUGUAAAUUCCGCUGGAGCCUAGAUUUCCUAACAUGUGACCUGAGGACAAUAGAACCCACUUCCUUCUAUCACAGGGUAACAAGUGGUGGCACACUAUUUUCUGAUACUUUUUUACAUACAUUCCUAAAAUAAAUUCCUUCCCCACCCCCCUUUUUUUGGUUUGAAAUAGAAUUCCUUUGUGUAACAACCCUGGCUGUCCCAGGAACUCGCUCUGUAGACCAGGCUGGCCUCAAACUCACAGAGACCCACCUGCCUCUGCCUCCCGAGUGCUGGGACUAAACGUGUGUGCCCCCACCACCUGGCUGCUGCUUUUUCUUUUAGAAAGAUUUAUUUAUCUUUAUGUUAUGUCUAUUGGCGUUUUUUCUGCCUAAUGUGCAUUUAGUGUCAGUGCCCUCAAAGGCCAGAAGAAUACAUCAGAUUCCCUGGAACUGGAGUUACCACUGAACCAUCUCUCUAGCCCCUUUUUAAAUUUUUUUGAAUGAUGUGCAUGUACAUGCAACUACAUGCGAGUGUGCUCUCCUGCAGCUAAGCCAUCUUUCUAACCCCUGGUUUUUCUUCCUCAGCACCAGGGAGGGAGCCUAUCUAUGGUCUUGAGACAUGAUCUUACUGGCAUUCACUAUGCAGACCUGGAUGAUCUUGAACUCACAGACAUCUGUCUGCCUACUCAGGAGUGUGUCCUGAGUGCUGGAAUAAAGAUGACGUGCAUCACCAUGUUUUGUUUUUAACAGUAAUUUUUUAAAAAUUAGAAUAUAUCCUUUCACCCUUCCCAUGUGCCCCUUCUCUCAAAUUCAUGGCCUCUAUUUGUUUUUUUGAGAGACAGAGUUUGUCAAACAGUCCUGGCUGUCCUGGAACUCACUUGGUAGACCAGGCUGGCCUAGAACUUACAGAGAGCCGCCUGCCUCUGCCUCCCACCUGUUGGGCUUAGAGGCCUGUGCCACCACCACCUAGUUUUUUUUUUGUUUUGUUUUGUUUUUUUUUGGUUUUUCGAGACAGGGUUUCUCUGUAGCUUUUGGUUCCUGUCCUGGAACUAGCUCUUGUAGACCAGGCUGGCCUUGAACUCACAGAGAUCUGCCUGCCUCUGCCACACCUUAGCUGGGAUUAAAGGCGUGCUCCUGCCAUUAUCAGUUUAAUCACAAACUCUACCAGUGACCUCUAUUCCCAGCCCUUGUGUUUGAGACAGAAACUCACUAACAGUUGCCCAGAUUGGCCUUGCAUUACUGAUCCUCCUGCCUCCACUCCCCAAGUGCUGAGAUUACAAAUUUGUGUCCCCAACAGUAUACCCAGGCUGAGGUCCCGUGCUUCCUUCAUGCAGGGGGAACACAAGGAGCUCUAAGACCAAGUGAGCUGUGCUGUGCUGUGCUGUCUAGGGAAGUGCGGCUAUUUCUCCCUUUUCUGUAUAUCUUGGUCUAAACGAAGCCAGAAACCACUAGUUUCUUUCAGCCUCCCCUGAAAGGCAAGGUUUGUCUGUGUAGCCCUGAUUGUCCUCAAAGCACUCUGUAGACCAGGCUGGCCCCCUGCCUCUGCCACCAUCAAUAUGAUGUUUUGUAGAUCCAUCCAUUUGUCUGCAAAUUUCAAGAUGUCGGUGUUUUUUUCUGCUGUGUAGUACUCCAUGUAUAAAUGUACCACAUUUUCCUUAUCCAUUCCUUAGUCAAGGGGCAUUUAGGUUGUCAACAAAUUUACUUUUAAUUACGUUUAUUAAUUUGCUUGUUUAUGGGUGCUCAUUCCACAGCAGCUAUGUGCAGCUCAGGCAGCUAGUUACAGUCAGUUCUCCUCAUCCACCAUGUGGGUUCCAGGGAUCAAGCUCAGGCUGUCAGGCUUGGAGUAAGCGCCUUUACCCCCGUAACAUCACACAGGCCUGAAUGAAUGGCGUCCUCAGCCUGUUCUCCCUUCCCUUCCCUCUCCAUCCAGGUUCUCUUUCCGGUCAGGGAAGCAUACCUAGACUGAAGGCCGUGGCCACGGUGGUGACCCUCUGACUGAAGACAAGUAAGAUGUCUUCUGGAACCAUCUCUCUGUGCCAUGCUUGUGCUCUGGGCUUGCACACUCGUUUCCCCUCAGAGCAGUCAAAGGAAGAUGCUCCCCAGGGACAGAGCUGGACAGCCACCAAUACCAGGACUCCAAAGGAACACAGCAUGGCCACAUCCUGCCUCCACACAUGGAGAGGCCUCUGGCCUACAGCCUGUUCCAGCGUCAGCGAGAAUCUGGUGACUAACUUGUGGCAGAGAGAGACAAAAAUGUGGGAAAAUAUGGAACUGACGUCACUGAUAUUUGGUGAAUACUUUUUUCUCAUGCAACUUUAUAUGACUUUUGUAUUAAAAGUAAAAUGGCCUUUAUACUUUC